AUGGCUCCUCGUACAGUCGAUGUUACAAAUUCUACCAACACAAAUACUCAAGCAAUUUCGCAGACGGCUACCAAACAAGAUCCUGAUACUUUUGAAAGUUCGUCUUCAUUCAAGCAAAAAAUGCUAAAACCGAAUUUACCCUUUUUCAAUCCCUACAUUUAUGAUGGUCUUACUGCUGAGUCCGUCGAAUUUAAAUUGCAUAAUCUGGCGGCCCGUUGUGAGCAGGCAGAGAGAAGAGCACUUCGGAUUCGAUUAAAGAUCAAUAGACUUCGAGUUCUUCACAGAGUGCCCGUUAGAAUGAUUGAGAAUCUUUCUGAUGCCACGGAGUCAAGCUCCGAAGAUGAACUCAUUGAUGUUUCUGAACACGAUGAAUUAUCAAUUCGUAAUCGCGCGGCUCUUCGUUGUCAUUGGUUUUCAUUUAAAUCCGAGAAAGUGAUCGCAGAAGACUGUCUUCGCAAUCUUAGAAAAUUACGGAGGGAAUUUUCGAAAUCUAGGGUUACUAUCAAAUGUGAAGAUGAUGAUUGUGCAAUUCGCACUCGUCCUUACGAAGCUUCAAGUGUACCAAGGCGUAAAUUUUUCAAACUUUCUACAUCCGAUUUGAAUUUCCAAUAUCCUGGUAAUGCUAGGCCUACUCGACUUCAUCAUCCUUGUUGCAAUCAGGCAUGCUCCUUUUGCAUUUGUUGCUGUUCUGCAUUCGAUAGAAAGGCUGUCGAAUCAACUAAUUCUGCGUACCCAGAUGUUGCAGAGAGGUCAAUAGCUGUUGAUAAACCUAAAUGUCAGGGUCCAGUAAAUGAUUAUAUCCCCCCACCGAGAGUUCAAUUGCUAUCGAACGGAAGGAGCUUCAAAUCACAACAACGAGAAAGUCAUCCCUCUGGUUCAUCUGGCGUUUCUUCUUUGGGGUCUCAGGAUGAUUGUGACCGGAUACUUCACAUUUCUGCCUCCUUGUCUCGUCCCGUGCGGACUUCGUCAAGUGCUGAUCUGAAGAGAAAAUACGAUUUCCCUUCCACCGCCCCAAAUCGAAAUUCAGUUUGUCGACGAUCAUUAAAUGAUGGUGAUGGUAAUAAUAUACCUCAUAUCAGCUGGAAAAAAGUUCCCUAUCCCUCUUCCGUUGAUACAGAACGGGAUUUGGGUCUACGUUUAUCUCAAAACAUGUAUAAAUAUCGAGAACACUCCCUAACAAACCACCAUCAACAUACGUUUGAGAAUCCGAAUGGAAUGCUCGAAUUGGCGGGAAGUCGAAAGCGGAAGUUCAGUUCAACUUUACCGCCGAAAUUUCUGCCCAAUUCGAAAAGGUCGCAUCUGCCUUGA